UAAAUGACUGUGGUGGAUCUCGCAGAAGCAUCUCACUACCAGGAUGAGUGCAACAUAUAGCCUAUUGGUCUCUGUGGCUUUAAUAAGCCUGACACUGACUGGUACAUAUGGAGCUGAUAUCAUCAAUGGGAAACAAGCCAAGAAGAACUCCCUGCAGUACAUGGCAUCAGUGCAGGUUGACGGAAAGCACAAAUGUGGAGGAUUCCUGAUUGAUCCAAGCUACGUGCUUACAGCUGCACACUGUGAUCAAAGAGGCAACAUGACUGUGAUCCUGGGUGCCCACAACAUCAAUCCAGACAGAAAAAAUCUGAGAAGAUACACUGUGCAAAAUAAACACAAGCACCCACACUUCAAAAAUGUAAAAACUGGAAGUGACAUCAUGCUUUUAAAGCUAUCACAGAAACUGAAAACAAGCAAAGAUGUGAAAAUUGUGAAAAUCCCUGGAAAGGGUAAGCAAGUGAAGCCAAAUUCGAAGUGUUUGGUUGCGGGAUGGGGCCAAACUGAACGGAACGAUGAGGUGAAUGAUCUGCUGUUUACUGAAGUCUCAACUAUCAGAUUGACUGACUGCCAGAUGUUGUGGAGAAAGCUGAAUAUGACGCUCCCCGAUAAUGUUUUGUGCGCUUGGCGUGUCAAAACCAAAAGUGGAGUGGGUAAGGGUGAUUCAGGUGGACCUUUGGUGUGCAGAGGGAUAGCAGCAGGUGUCGUUUCUUUCAAGAACGGGCCUGAGAAAGCUCCUAGCAUUUAUACUGAUAUUGUAAAAUAUAAGCAAUGGAUUGAGAACGUAAUCAAUGGAGGUGCUUGAUUUAACGUAUGCGACAUUGUGUUUUUUCUUUUGCAAUUCGUUAAAAACAAUCUAGGAAGCUUUUCUUGUGUCAUGCCAAUGUUUUGUAAAUGCUUUUCAAUAAA